CUACUUAAUUCUCUUAAAAAUGAGUAAAUUAGCUUCAAUUGGAUCAAUUGUCGGCUCUUUACUAAAUAUAUUAAUUCGUUUAUUAUUUUCUUCACUUUCUUAUUUGACUCUUUGGAUUUCUUUGGGGUUUUCUGUUUGCUUGGUUGGAAAAUAUACUUUUAAAAUUAUUCAAUCAAAAAGAGAAGGUAAUUUAAAUUAA